AUGGAGGAGGCGACGCCGAUUCAAAAGUUUUAUAGUGGCCAAACGGUUUUCGUGACCGGCGGCACCGGGUUCGUGGGGAAGGUCCUUAUCGAAAAAUUGCUAAGGACCUGCUACGACCUUAGGAAAAUUUACAUGCUGGUCAGGCCGAAAAAGGGACAGACAUGCGAGAAGCGAAUGGAGGAGUUCUUUAACAAUUCGUUGUACGAUCGUUUGAAGAUUGAGCAACCCGCUUCCACCGGCAAGCUAUGCAUGAUUCCUGGCGAUUGCGAACUGCCCGAUCUUGGAUUAACGGCCGACGACCGGGAGCUGUUGCGAUCCGAAGUGAACUGCGUGUUUCACGUGGCGGCGACGGUACGGUUCGACGAGAAGCUCUACAAGGCGACCUACAUCAACGUGCGCGCAACCAGAGACCUGAUACGGCUCGCCAAGGAAAUGCUCGAGCUGAGGAGUUUCGUUCACAUCUCGACGGCGUACUCGUUCUGCGUCAACAGCACGAUCGAUGAAAAAAUCGGCGAGGUUCCGAUAACGGCGGAAAAUUUGAUCAAAUUCGUCGAAACGACCGGAGAAAAGAGAGUGGUUGCUGCCACGCCCGACGUGAUCAAGCCAUGGCCGAACACUUACGCCCUGACGAAAGCUGUCGCGGAAAAACUGCUCGAAACGUCCGGAGCCGGACUACCGAUUGCCGUCGUCCGUCCGUCUAUAAUUCUCGCAACAGCGAAUGAGCCGGUGAGCGGAUGGAUCGAUAAUUUCUACGGGCCGACCGCCGUUUUUUUAGGUGUCGCAAUGGGCAUCAUUCGAACGGUCCAAUGCGACGAAAAUUGCGUCGUCGACGCCGUCCCCGCCGAUUAUUUAGCUAACACGGUCAUCUCGGCCGCCUGGAUGGCCAGCGGUGGACACCCAGACGGGUCGAUUCCCGUAUUCAACUUCGUCUCCAGCCGCGAAAGCCCGAUAACUUGGAAGGCCAGCUACGAAACGGCACUGCGCUACGCGAGACUGAUACCAUCGAUGAAAGCGCUCUGGUACGGCUUCAUAAAGACGACACCGAGCCCGAUCGUAUUCAACAUCCUCCACUUCCUGCUGCACAUCUUGCCCGCCUGUCUUAUCGACGUUUUCCUCUCGUUAACUGGAGAGAAACCCUACCUUCUAAACAUUUACAAGAAAAUUAAGGAGAACAUACACACCCUGUCAUACUUUACCAUACGACAAUGGAACUUCGUAAACACAAACACUCGAACCCUUUGGAUGAGCUUAAGUGACGAAGACAAAUCGCUUUUCCAGUUUAAUAUGAACAGCUUCUCCUGGAAUAGCUACAUUUACUCUUACGUUUACGGGACGCGACUAUACCUGCUAAAGGAAAAGGUCGAAACGUUACCGCAGGCGCGAAAAAGACUGUUUCGUUUGAAAGUUAUCCACUACCUUGUAGUGGUCAUUCUCCUGUACUUUGUAUACAAAUGUGUCUCAUUCGCUCUAAAUUUGCUAUUUUGA